AUGGAGCCACCAAGUCUUCCAAUGGCGGCAAAAGACUGGACCACCACCAGUCUCCACCGUGUACUAUGUAUGCAAGGCGGUGAAGGUGACGUCAGCUACGUCAACAAUUCCGAUAGCCAAGCUUUGGCUAUAACCUUAAGCAAACCAAUCCUUAUCUCAUCUCUCCAAUCCAUCAAACUCUUCUCCUCUCCGGUCAUCAGAAUAACCGACCUUGGCUGCGCCACCGGCUCCAACACUUUUGCUACUGUUGAUACGGUGGUUGAGACUUUACGGCGGCUAUUCACUGCCGUGUACGGUGGUGGAUCACCGGAGUUUGAGGCCUUCUUCUGUGAUUUACCUAGUAAUGACUUCAACAUGUUGUUUAGAUUAUUGUCUGAGAAACAGAAAGUUGAUACGCCAAAUUAUUUCGCCGGCGGCGUCGCUGGCUCCUUCUAUGACCGGCUUUUCCCGAGAGGAACGAUCCAUGUCGCUGUGAGCUUAAGUGCUCUACAUUGGCUCUCUCAGAUACCGGGGAAAGUACUGAACAAGGGAUCAAUAACGUGGAACAAAGGGAAAACGUGGAUCGAAGGAGCGAAGAAAGAAGUGGUUGAUGCAUACGCAGAGCAAUCAGACAAAGAUUUGGAUGAUUUCUUGAAGUGUCGGAAAGAAGAAAUGGUGGAGGGAGGAGUGUUGUUUGUGUUAAUGGGUGGUCGUCCUUCAGGCUCAAGUAGUCAAUUUGGUGACCAGGAUACUCGAGCAAAACAUCCUUUCACAACUACCAUGGAACAAGCUUGGCAAGAUUUAAUAGAUGAGGGUUUGAUAGAUGAAGAGACAAGAGACGGAUUCAACAUUCCAGCGUACAUGAGAAGUCCCGAGGAAGUGGCUGCUGGAAUAGAACGCAUCGGUGGUUUCAAGAUAGAGAAAAUGGAAUACAUGAAAAUAGUUGAGCACUCUGAUGAGAAACAAGAGGAGUGGAAAAAAGAUCCUGUUUCAUACGGACGAGCCAGGACCAACUUGGUUCAAGCUGCUAUUCGUCCUAUGGUCGAGGUCUAUCUUGGCCUGGACCUAUGCGAUGAGCUCUUCAAAAGAUAUGAAAACCGGGUUUCUACAACUCGAGAAUUUCUCCAUAUAACUUGUUUCUUUGGACUCGUCGCUUUUUCUGCCAUUCGAAUUUGA